GGUUCUUGCAUAUCUGUGUAAAUGUAUGAACCAUAGCAGAUGUACUGUGCCGUAGUUUAGCUUCUGAUGGUUUUAUUCCGGGACGGACUGACAAUCAGCAGACCUCUGUCAUCACGUGACCCCGUCAGCAGCUCUGCGCCUGUGGACAUCUGCAAAAUGGAGGACCGUGAAUCUAAAGAACCUGAGCAGCUCAGAAAGCUGUUUAUUGGAGGUCUGAGCUUUGAAACCACGGAGGAGAGUUUAAGGGCCCAUUUUGAACAAUGGGGGACUCUCACAGACUGUGUGGUGAUGAGGGACCCCAACAGCAAGCGAUCAAGAGGGUUUGGCUUCGUAACGUACUCGUCUGUAAGGGAAGUUGAUGAUGCAAUGAAAGCAAGGCCCCAUAAAGUCGAUGGCCGGGUUGUUGAGCCCAAAAGGGCUGUAUCUAGAGAGGACUCCAACAAACCAGGCGCCCAUCUGACAGUGAAAAAGAUCUUUGUUGGUGGUAUCAAGGAGGAUACCGAGGAGUACCAUAUUCGGGAGUAUUUUGAGAAAUACGGAAAGAUUGAAUGCAUCGACAUCAUGGAGGAACGCUCCACGGGGAAGAAGAGGGGAUUCUGCUUCGUCUCCUUUGACGACCAUGACACUGUCGACAAAAUUGUCGCCCAGAAAUUCCACACAAUCAACUUCCACAACUGUGAAGUCAGGAAAGCCCUGUCUAAACAGGAAAUGAGCGCUAUAUCCAGUAACAGGGGCAGGAGCGGAGGAUCAGGAAAUUUCAUGGGCAGGGGUAGUAAUUUCGGAGGUGGAGGCAACUUUGGCCGAGGUGGCUAUGGUGGAGGACGCGGCGGUUAUAACGAUGAUUUUGACAAUGGACCCGGAGGAAAUUAUGGUGGUGGACCAGGCUAUGGAGGUGGCCGUGGGGGCUACGGAGGUGGUGGUCCAGGGUACGGAAACCAGGGUGGAGGUUUCGGAGGCAACUGUGAUGGAGGUUACGGAGGCAAUGAUGGAGGAUACGGAGGUGGUGGAAACUACAAUGACUUUGGAAAUUAUGGUGGACAGCAGUCCAACUAUGGGCCCAUGAAGGGAGGCAACUUUGGUGGCAGAAACUCAGGUGGACCCUAUGGUGGUGGUUACGGCUCUGGCGGCGGCGGCGGAGGUGGCUACGGCUCACGGCGAUAUUAAUUACUUCAUGUUUUGAUGUGGAAAGAGGCAUUCUCUUCUUGCUGAAAAUCUGUAAAGACCAGAUAACAUGGAAGGUUCUGGAUGGGUAAGACUUUUUUUGAAAUAUUAUCCAAGGCUGCUGAUAUUGUAAUCUAACUGCACAUUGUGAUGAUACAAGGUGCAAGCAAAAAGGGUCUUUUAAGGUAAACUGAGCAAGAGGACAUCCAGUAUUCCUCCACCUCAGCCAGAAUCAACUUGUAUACCUCAUCCCCUGAGUUGAGAAAAUGUUUUAAUGAUUUAGUGUGCAUAUUGUCAGCCAGGUAAUUAAAGUAGACGGUGAUAAAACCACAUGUGACCAAACAGGGUCACUUUACAUUUAAAGAAAAUCCUUAAUUGUAUCCAUUGUUUGGUUUUAAAAUGUUAGAAAAUGCUAAGAGUAGGUGCAAAUGUCUUGUUUUGUGCAGUAAACCUAAAGAUAGAUUUUCUCUAAUAUAUGAAGCAAAUCCUCACAUUUGAGAGUAUCGAACAAAUAUCUGAAAUUUUGGGUUUGGUUGAAAAAUUAACGAUUAACCAGUUAUCAAAAAUAGUUGAUGAGUAAUGAAAUAUGAGAAUGAUAUGUGUGGCAAUACCUGUUGGGAGUGAGGUAAAUAACUGAUAAGCACUUUAAUCUCUAGGUAUCUUGAUCAUUCGAUCAAAGGCUGUUUAUUGAAGAAAGGCGGAUUCUUACUUGGGUUGUAAAAGAGCUCCUAAUCGGCACCUACAUGAUCAGGUUUCAAAACAGCAAAACCAACAAAGCUCCAAUGGAGUCAUGUCUUUUGUGUAAAUCCCAGUACCAUCCUGAAUAGAACAAAAAUUGUUGAGCGUAUCGGGGAGUGGAGGACAUUUUUAAAGGUUCCCCUAAAAGUGAGAGCUCCUGCUUUUGCAUCUGUAGUAUUUAGGGGCUGUAGAAUUAUUUCAGUCAUCUUGAUGAAAAUAUGUUUACAGUUUGGAUUAAUUAGACUUUUAGGAUUUCUCCAUACCAAUAUUUACAUUAUAUUUUAUUAUCUUUGAUUAAAUUAAUAUAUGCAUUUUGUACUCUUCAGAUUGCUCAUAGGUGAGGCUCCCAAGCAUUAAAACAAAAAGUGUCUGCUCCUUCCAUAUCAGUUACAGGAUAGCAUUUCUGCAGAGGAAUGUAGAGUGACCAGACUUGAUGACAGAAUGAACCUCUGCUUGGUAAAGACACACCAGUGUCAAUGAAGUAUUUUCUUUUUGAAGCAAAAUGUGUAGUGUGAUUUGUGUUUUUAAAUAAAAACAUUUUCUAUGA